AUGUACCACCACAGAAAUACUUCAGUCAAACCUGUGGGAGGGGAAAAGGCACAUGUACCCACAUUAUCAUCAGCAGCAACAAGAACAAAAGUCAUUGAAAGAGAAGUAUUAACAAAUGGAUCAGGCAUUUCAUCAAAAGAUGAAGGAACAAUAUCUGGUGGCAGUAUUGCUCAGAAGAAAAAAAAUGUUAAGCAAACCUACAGGCAAGUGAAAAAAAAAUAUACUAAAUCAAGAACGACGCAUAGAAAAGGAGAACGUCCAUGGAUUGGAGCCAUGCUUACUUUUUUAUAUUUUCUUCUUGUGAGAUGUCUUAUUUUAGUACCACUGCGUGCUAUACAAAAGUGGAUAAAAGAAUAUUCUGAACGAAUGCAAUCCCGGCGUACAGAACAGCGGUAUCUUGAUAUUAUGAAUUCCACUGAUAGUCUACAUACAUGGUUUACAGCAGCCGUCAAUCUUGACAAUCAUCGUGGGAUGCAAAAGUGGAAAAGAGAAAUACCAGUAAAGACGGCUUGUGAUGCGGAGGGACUUCUACAAGAUGCGUUGUGUGCGAGAGCUCUUGCUUUAUCUAAGAAUGAACGGGCAAUGGGUGAGUUCUUACGUUCACAACUUCAUCGUACAGCCCAUGGAAUAACCAAUCCGUAUAAUUAUCGCUAUUACACUGGUACAACAUGCUAUGUAGAAGACUAUAAUACGGCAAUUGUAAAACUAAUACAGACAUUUAGUAUAUCAUCUUCUAAAGAAGAAAAUAUGAAUCCAACAACUAUCAUUCCAGUUAGAAAACCUCCUGAUUUUUAUGCAUCAUUGAUGGGUAAUAAUAUUACGACUCAAGUUUCUAAUUGUACAACGGAAGAAGAAGAAGAAGAAGGGGAAGUAGAAGUACCCACUGUUAAUGAGAAGGAGGGAGAAGAAAAGUACUGUAGUAAAACAGAAUGUUGUGAUGUAGGAGGAAGUCAUAUAGAUAGUCCUCCUGAUGGGGAUGGUGAUAGUGAUAGUAGUUGUCGUACCGCCGUAGCAGUAGGACCGAAACUAUCAUGUUAUCUUUCUUCUCUUCUUCAUUGGGCAUAUGAACCUCGUCCGUUAAGUGAAACAUCUCUAACAAAUAUUGAAAAAUUAAAUAUUCUUCAAGAUACUUUACAAUCCUAUGGAAGAAGUGCUCUUAUGCUUAGUGGAGGUUCAACUUUGGGAGUUUAUCACACAGGUGUUGUUCGAGCUCUUUUUGAUGCUGGAUUACUUCCAGAUAUUAUUUCUGGUUCUUCCGCAGGUUCUAUUAUAGCUGGACUUAUUUGUACUAAAUCAGAAGAUCAACUUCGUAUAUUAAUGCAAGAAUCCGUACUUACAGUACAAACACUUCAAUUAGAACCCUUUGAUGAGGGUGGAUUUUUUCAAAAUUUAAAACGUCGAAUUAAAACUGGUGCUCUUAUGGAUAUUCGAACUCUUAUGGAGUGUCUUCGUUCUAAUUUUGGAGAUAUUACAUUUGAAGAAGCUUAUCAUAAAACUGGUCGUAUAUUAAAUGUAUGUGUUACGAGUGAUCAAUAUAGUGGUUCUCAUACAGAUAGACAUAUGCUUCUUAAUUAUGUAACUUCUCCAAAUGUAGUUGUUUGGAGUGCUGUGAGUGCCAGUUGUGCUCUUCCAGGACUUUUCACAGCUGUUCAAUUAAUUGAAAAACAUCCUGGUGGUAAAUUUCAUCGUUUUCUUCCUGGUCAAUUAUGGUGUGAUGGAAGUUUAGCAAAAGAUUUACCACGUGAAAGUCUUUCUGCUUUAUUUAAUGUGAAUUAUUUUAUUGUUAGUCAAGUCAAUCCACAUAUUAUUCCAUUUUUACGAAAACACGCAUCCCCUUUAGUGUAUAAACAACAACGACCAAGAAAAAUUCUUAGCCGAAUUUGGUAUGGUUGUUGUCGCGAAGCACGUCAUUGGGUUUUAAAACUAUUUAAUGCUGGUUUGCUAUCCAAAACAGGAAAAUUUGAAUUACUUUACUUAUCCUUAACUCAAUGCUAUGAUGGUGAUAUUCUUAUUCUCCCCAUUGGGAAUGUUUUACAUGCGGUGCCGGAUUAUUUCAAUAUUGUCGCCAAUCCCAGUCCUGAGUAUAUUGCGUUUGUCACUAGUAAGGCUCAACUUCGUACAUGGCCUCAUCUUAAUCAAAUUCGUCAUUCCACAAUGAUUGAAAGGACUCUCCUUCAGGAAAUUGCCAUACUGAAGGAAAGUAUUGGAAAAGGUGAAAGAAAAAACGAUUAA